AAGAAAAGAAGAAAAGCUCUCUUUGAAAGAAUAACUGAGUAGUCAUGGCCGCAUAUCUGAUCAAGUCCGCUGCAGUUGUUCUGUUUGUGGUGGCGCUCUUGGCGGAGACCAAGAUGGGUGAGGCACAAACAUGCAGCACUCAGCUGAACAACCUGAACGUGUGUCUGCCCUAUGUCAUGGCUGCAGGUGGCACCAGCACCAGCCCCAGUACUGAAUGCUGCUCUGCUCUUCAGGCUGUUCAACACGACUGUAUCUGCAACACUAUCAGGAUUUCCUCCAGUCUUCCUGGUCUCUGCAAUCUCCCUGCCCUCACUUGUCCCAACUGAUCACCUACAAAUUAGCGGCUAGUGCAGCCAAGAUGCGAGAGAGUGCCAAGGCUGGGAAUAAUGCUGGAGUACUAGCUGGCGAGUUUUUGUUAAUUUUUAUCUUUUCUCUAAUAGUUUACUGAAUAAAUAAUACUGCUUAUAGAUUCCUCUUUUCGAUGAAAUGGCUGUUUGGUUAAUGAUCUACCUCUCUCUUAUACGUAGACUUGCAGUACCUGAUGUGUAGUUAUUCUAUAACAGCACUCAAUA